AUAUUCAUGCUCAGACGGUUCCAGUUUAUCGACACCCUCAACGUUCCGGAGCCAAUAUGUCUGAUUCAACGAUGCUGCUCCCUCCGGAACAUCUUUCAUUACCCAUUCAUGGCCUUCAGGAAAAUAUAUCCCGCUCUUUGGAUGUGGAACCCAGCACCACGAAUCUUUUAUAUCGUUGCUGCUGUUACUGUUUGACGAUGACUUUCUCGACUUUUCGAUAGUUUCCCUACCGGCACCAGCGAUUUUGCUUAUCGGUCGCUCAAAUGAUCGCUUAGCUUCCCUGCCACAAAUUCUCAUAUUUAUAUAAAAUAAAAUAAAAGGAAAAUUAAUAUAUAUAUAAUUAAAGUUACCUAAGCAUUAAAAUCUUAGUUUUGGCGACGGCAAAUCUUCCCAUAAAAUAUAUGAAAGAAAUUUUGAUCGUACUAUUUUAUAUAUAAUAUAAAGCUUAAAUUUGAGAAAAUUAUUGUACUUAAGGUGUAAGUAAAUUAAGGAGAGUUUCGUUGAUUUUUAUAAUGCUUGAAAGUGCAAAUGCUGCAAGAAUAUGUUCGAUGGUACAAAUGAGGAACGUUUAAUUUUGGAGGCACUUUAUAAAUGGUGAAGUCAAAAGUUAAUAUUUUCAUUUUAGGAG